AUGGAGUGCAGGGAGAAUGGCUACCUGCUGUCGGCUAAGAGGAUUGGCGCUGGAGCCUUCUCCAAGGUCUACCUGGGAUACGCCACUCCCAACAAGAUCUGCCAGAACUACAGGCUGGCCAACGACCUGCGCAGCAAGAACCACAACAUGGUGGCCAUCAAGAUCAUCUCCAUAAAUGACACUCCUCCAGAAUAUUCCCAAAAGUUCCUCCAUAGAGAAAUCUACGCCCUGAAUGCCACUUACAGACACCCUGGAGUGAUCCAGCUGUAUGACGUGUUCCGCUCCCCGCUGCGGUUCUACCUGGUUCUGGAGCUGGCGCUGCGGGGAGAUCUGUUGGAACACAUCAACGCCGUGUCCCGCAGCAAGGGCAGCCCUGGCCUCAGCGAGGAUGAGGCGCGCAGGGUCUUCAAACAGAUCGUCAACGCUGUCAUGCACUGCCACAACAGCCACAUAGUACACAGAGACUUGAAGUGUGAGAACAUUCUUUUGGACGAGCAGGGCUUCGUCAAACUGACAGACUUUGGCUUUGCCAACCACUCGAGUGACAGGAGAGCCCUGAUGAACACGUUCUGUGGCUCUGUGGCUUAUACGGCUCCAGAGAUCCUGCUCUCACGCAAGUACAACGGAGAACAGGCUGACCUCUGGAGUCUGGGGGUGAUCCUGUUUGCCAUGGUAACUGGGAAGCUUCCGUACCAGGAGAAACACCCCAAGAAACUGCAGCAGCAGAACCUCACCUUCCAGACCCCCGUCUCCUCAGGUAACACACACUGUGGGUGUGUCUGGUCUGGGCGUGUGUGUGUCUGGUCUGGGCCUAUGUGUGUGUGUUAA